CCCGGUCACUAUGCUACUGCUUGGAGCUCUUUCAAAACGGGAACCAUUCAGAAGGGCAUCAGUUGAUAUGUUCAUACUUGCUCCAAUUUUUAAGACUCCUUCAUCCAGGGGUAACUUUGGAGUCAGUUUGCUGUGUGUGAAUCAUUCUCAGCUCAUUUGCACACAACAGUUAGUGUAGCAGCUGUAGGCCUUUAGAAAUGUUCCUCUUUUUUGAAAGGGCUCUGAGCAUUCAUGUAUCCACACCCUCAGUGAGUGGCAGGGCUGUCUUUUUUUAUUUCUGAAACCUUUUUUUUUUUUUUUUUUUUUAAAGUAAAGGAUUUAUUUACUUACAGAAAUCAAGAUGAGUCUUAAAUGGCCCAUCAGAGGGGUAUGUAAAUGUAGCUAAAGCAGGCAUCUACAAGAAUAGGAAACUAUUUUAUAUGCUUUGCCUUACAGCCAUGAACUGUAGGAGUCUCUAGAGAUUGAGGUUUUUUUCAAGGUUAAAAUCAGAAACUGGAGGAACUACUUAACUAUUUCUGUAGGCAUAACUGCACACCUGAUGAAAGAGAGCAGCAUAUUAAACAGCUGCCUGUCACAUACUGUCCGAGAGGUGAUUCUGUCUGCAUUUUGAGGCUGACUUUUUUUUUUUCCCCCCUCUUGUUUAUGCUAAUAGAAAUUUUGGCUUUUCCAGUUUUCUAGGUUUCAGCCAGACUAAUAGGUUUCUACCAGCUGAUACUAAAAACAUUCCUUCAAAGGAUUGUAUGUAUGAUGGAAAUAAAAGGAUGUUGUUGUUCUCCUUUGGUGACCUUUAUUUGAGACUGUGGAAGAGCUUUAUUAGCUUAAGUACACUAUUGAGUAGAAUUGGCUAUAGUAGUAUUAAAUUUUGCGAAUAGGGGCAUGAAACAGAAGAUGAAUGCUUUGAUAAGUAACCUGCCCAAAUAAUUCUCUUUUCAGGAGUUUGCUACAGUUUUCAGUUGAUAACACUAUAAAUUUAGGACAGGGUGGAUGUAGUAAGGAGGCUAAUAUAAACCAGGUGCAAGGAAUGAUUGUUUAGCUGCUGUUUGUAUGAUAAUGGUGCACACAUCCGUUAGAACUGAUGGCAAAAGUUGAAUUGGAAGACCAAAGCUGUGACCAAGACACAUGGGUUGUCAUUGUGAAAAGUCUGCUGCUGGUUAUCUGUUGAUUUAAAGUAAUUUAAUUUCUUGAAUAGUGAUAUGAAGAAUGCUGCUCCUUAUCUGCCUUUACAGCCUAGCAUUUGCAAUUGCUUUCGUUAUUUAAUAAUGAAAAGUUGUUAAACACAAUUUUUUCUGUUCUCCAAGAGUUCUGGUAAUAAAUUGAUAGAAAGUUUAAACUGAACUUCAAAGGUUCAGGUGGAUAUUUAUUCUUUUGGGCAUGCUGCUCUUUGGUAAUAUUUAAUUGCAGAAAAAUCGAACUUUAUUUGAAUGUGCUUAUUGAUUUCUUCGCUUUCUUUCCCCCCCUGACAGCUGGUUUUAAAUGAGUUCAAAAGCUGACUUAAACUUACUGUCUUAUUUAACAUGGAGCACGUCAAAAAACCCAAAACAACAAACCUGAUUGUGUGUACACUAAAGUUUUUUAUUUUUGAAGAACAACAGUUGCCUCCCUCUUCCCCACCCCCCCAGCCUGUUACAGAUUUUUUAAAAUUCUGCUUUAAUUAGUUCUUUUCAUUUAAAGCAUGAAAUCUUUUGAAACUAAAAUUGACAGAAACACACAUAAUAAACACUAGCUGUUUAAAAGCAUGGCUGAUGCUUUUUAUUUUUAUUUUUUUUUCUAAUCUCUACCAAGAUGGAAAACUUGAGGAUCAGUUCAGAAUUCAGACAAAUAUUUUACAUACCACUCUGACCUGUGUAUAAUGGAUCAAAAGUUGACCUCUUAGUCCAAUUCAGUUAUAACAGUGUAGCAGUACUGGAAUGAGUGAAUACUAAUUGUAAUGCUAUAGUAACAUUGAACCUGCCAUUCUCAGGAGAUUCAAGCAGCAAUCCAUCAGGGUGCCUUGGUUCCUCAAGUCACUGGAGAUGUUGGAAAAUAAAAUUGCAGACCAAAAAUGUGCAUUCUGACAUAUUUAGAGUUUCAGGAAGGGAAAUAGACUUGGUGAUGACUGAGCAGCGGUCACAUGUGUUUACUGAAGCAAACUGAGUUUAGUUUGAUUGUAUUUCCUGUUUUCACCAAGAGCUUGAUAAGUGCUCUUAGGUUUUUUGUAAGUGUUUGGUGUAUUGCUGUCUUCAAGAAGAGUGAUUAUCAUUGCUGCCGAAUGCUGGCUGACCGAGCUCUAGCUGUAUAUGUGGAAGGUUGUGUCCUCCCUUUUAAAGAAAAAAUGUUUCCCUAGCUGAUUGGUUAAUUUAAGACUUACAGAACAGCAUCAAAGAAGGCAACUUAUACUUUUGGGCUAGCAUGUGACUGACAAUGACUUCUGAUCCUGAUGGUCCCUUGAGAAAUCCUCUGUGUUUGAAUGUGUGUUAAGGACAAUUGCUGAUGUAUAGUCAAGAUGAGUGGAUUAGGAGAAAAUUCUUUGGACAGCUUGACCAAUGAGUCAAGGAAACGGAAGUCGUUGCCCUGUGAUACGCCAGGACCAGGUCUGAACUGCAGUGGUGAGAAGCGUCGACGUGAGCAGGAAAGUAAAUACAUUGAAGAACUGGCUGAGCUGAUAUCUGCUAAUCUGAGUGACAUUGACAAUUUCAAUGUCAAACCAGACAAAUGUGCAAUUUUAAAGGAAACUGUAAGACAGAUUCGGCAGAUAAAGGAACAAGGAAAAACAGCGUCCAGUGAUGAUGAUGUACAGAAAGCUGACGUAUCUUCUACAGGUCAAGGCGUUAUUGAUAAGGAUUCAUUGGGACCUCUUUUACUUCAGGCAUUGGAUGGCUUCCUGUUUGUUGUAAAUAGAGAUGGGAACAUUGUAUUUGUAUCAGAAAAUGUUACACAAUAUCUACAGUAUAAACAAGAAGAUUUGGUGAAUACAAGUGUCUAUAGCAUCUUGCAUGAAGAGGACCGGAAGGACUUCCUUAAAAACUUACCUAAAGCUGCAGUUAAUGGAGUUGCUUGGACCAAUGAAACGCCUAGGCAGAAGAGCCACACGUUUAAUUGCCGCAUGAUGGUGAAAACUUGUCAUGAUCUUUUGGAAGAUGUAGGUAGCAAUCAAGAUACCCGUCAAAGAUAUGAAACUAUGCAGUGCUUUGCUUUAUCUCAGCCAAGAGCUAUGAUGGAAGAAGGAGAGGAUUUGCAGUCCUGUAUGAUUUGUGUGGCACGUCGUAUCACUACAGUGGAAAGGGUAUUUCCAGCAAACCCAGAAAGCUUCAUUACUAGACAUGACCUUUCAGGAAAACUAAUCAACAUAGAUACAAAUUCAUUGCGAUCAUCCAUGAGACCUGGCUUUGAAGAUAUAAUUCGUCGCUGUAUUCAGAGGUUUUUAUGUCAUAAUGAUGGACAGACCUGGUCAAAUAAACGUCAUUAUCAGGAAGCUUACAUCCAAGGCCAUGCUGAAACUCCCCUGUAUCGGUUUUCCUUAGCAGAUGGUACUAUAGUGACAGCACAAACAAAGAGUAAAUUGUUCCGAAAUCCAGUAACUAAUGACCGCCAUGGAUUUGUCUCUACUCAUUUGCUUCAAAGAGAACAAAACGGAUAUCGACCAAAUCCUAAUCCAGUGGGACAAAGUAUCAGAGCACCUACAGCUGGAAGCACAAAUUCAGUUGGUGCUAUUAUGAAUAUGCCACCAGGUCAAAGCAUGCCAAUACAGAACAGGAACUAUGGCAUGGGAGAUCCCAGUGCAGUAGGUCAGAUGAGCAGCACUAGAUAUGGAGGUCCUGGUAAUAUGGGACCGAUGAACUCUGGACCAGGAAUGCAGUCAUCUCCUUUUCAGAACAACAAUUAUGGGUUAAAUAUGAGUAGCCCACCCCAUGGUAGUCCUGGCUUGACUUCCAGCCAACAGAAUUUGAUGAUUUCCCCUAGGCAUCGAGGGAGUCCAAAAAUGGGUUCACAUCAGUUUUCUCCAGUUGCAGGUAUGCAUUCUCCGAUGGGAUCUGCUACCAACACUAGCAAUAACAGCUUCUCUAGCAGUUCCCUUAGUGCUCUUCAAGCCAUCAGCGAGGGUGUUGGCACUUCCCUUUUAUCAACACUUUCUUCACCAGGACCAAAACUGGAUAAUUCCCCAAAUAUGAAUAUAGCUCAACAAAGUAAAAUGGGCAACCAAGACUCAAAAAGCCCUGUCUUAUAUUGUGAACAGAGUCAAGUGGAGAGUUCCAUGUGUCAGUCAAACAGCAGGGACCUCCUUACUGAUAAAGACAAUAAAGAAGGAAGUCUGGAAGGGUCUGAGAGUCAGAGGGGACCAUCUGAAAGCAAAGGUCACAAAAAGCUCCUUCAGUUACUCACGUGCUCCUCAGAGGAGAGGGGCCAUGCUACAUUAUCAAAUUCACCACUGGACUCUAAUUGUAAAGAAUCUUCCACCAGUGUUACAAGUCCCUCAGGAGUCUCUUCUUCUACAUCUGGAGGCGUAUCUUCCUCAUCAAAUAUGCAUGGGUCCUUGCUUCAAGAGAAGCACAGGAUUUUGCAUAAGUUGUUGCAGAAUGGUAAUUCUCCAGCAGAGGUAGCCAAGAUCACAGCUGAAGCUACUGGUAAAGACACAUACCAUGAGUCUAGCAAUACAACUCCUUGUGGAGAAGGAACUAUCAAACAGGAGCAACUGAGUCCUAAGAAGAAGGAAAACAAUGCUCUACUCAGAUACCUGUUAGACAAGGAUGAUAUAAAGGAUCCCCUUUCAAAAGAUAUUAAACCUAAAGUGGAAAGUCUGGACAACAAAAUGGGACAAUGCAGUAGCUCUUCUAUUUCUACUUCAAAUCAAGAAAAGGAGAUUAAAGUAAAAAUUGAGCCAAGUGAAGAGAUGAGUGGUGACUUGGAUAAUUUGGAUGCAAUUCUGGGUGAUCUGACUAGUUCUGAUUUUUACAGUAAUGCUAAUUCUGCAAAUGGGAGUAAUCUUGGAACAAAACAAGCAAUAUAUCAAGGAAAUGCUCCCCUGGGUAUGAGAAGUCCCCAGUCCAUGCAGGCUACCCGUCCUCCUUUCAACAGAGCCAUGUCAUUAGACAGCCCUAUACCUAUGGGUUCAAGCCCUCCAGUGAGGAGUGUCAAUGCAUUCUCCAUGUUACAAAAGCAAAACAUGAUGGGUGGGAAUUCAAGAAUGAUUGAAAGCCAGGAAAAUUUUGGAGCAAAUAUAGGUGCACCCAACAGAAGUAUGACUAUGAAUCAACACCCAGCAGGUGACUGGGGCUUACCAAACUCAAAGGUUAACAGAUUGGAACCUACAAGCUCCAGUUCAAUGAUGAGACCAGGAGCAGAUUAUAAUACUUCCCUUCCCAGACCAACAAUUGGUAGCUCUGUGCCUGGUUUGCCCAUCCGAUCUAAUAGCAUACCUGGUACAAGACCAAUUCUACAACAGCAGAUGAUUCAUAUGAGGCCCAAUGAGAUUAAUAUGGGUAUGGGAGGGAAUCCUUAUGCACAACCAGGACCAUCUAGCCAGCCAGCAUCGUGGCCCGAUAGCAUGUUAGCCAUAGAGCAAGGAUCUCGAGGUUCACAAAGCAGACAAUUGGUGAGAAGUUCUUUGGAUGAUCUCUUAUGUCCGCCUCCUAAUGUGGAAGGCCAGAAUGAUGAAAGGGCUCUUUUAGAUCAGCUGCACACACUGCUGAGUAACACAGAUGUCACAGGACUGGAGGAAAUAGACAGAGCAUUAGGAAUUCCUGAUCUUGUAAAUCAAAACCUUACUCUCUUUGAACCUUACUCUCUGAAAAUCACUAGCGAGCAUUCCUUAAGCUUGGUACGAAAAGCCCUUGAAAUAUACUUUUAUAAAAAUGCCGGGCAAACUUUGGAACCCAAGCAAGAUACAUUUCAAGGUCAGGAAUCUGCAGUUAUGAUUGAUCAGAAGCCUCCAUUAUAUGGCCAGCCUUAUCAGGGACAGGGGACAGCAGUGCCAGGAGGCUUUAGUAAUAUGCAAGGACAGCAGCCAUCUUUUAAUUCAAUGAUGAAUCAGAUAAGCCAUCAGAGCAAUUUUCCACUCCCAAACGUGCAUCCUAGAGCAAGUGUGAUGAGACCCCGAACCAAUACACCAAAGCAACUCCGAAUGCAGCUCCAGCAGAGGCUUCAGGGGCAGCAGUUUAUGAAUCAGACUCGUCAAGCACUUGAGAUGAAAAUGGAGAAUCCAGGUGCUACUGUUGCCCCAGUGAUGAGGCCAGUUAUGCAGCCACAAGUGGGAUCACAGCAGCAAGGUUUUCUUAAUGCUCAGAUGAUGGCUCAGCGCAACAGGGAGCUAUUAAGUCAUCAUAUCAGACAGCAGAGGAUGGCAAUGAUAAUGCAACAGCAGCAGCAACAGCAACAACCUCAGGCCUUCAGUCCCCCACCAAAUGUGACUGCCUCAGGAAGCAUGGAUAGUGCUUUGGCAGGUCCCCCGAUGGCUCAAGUUCCUCCACAGCAAUUCCCAUAUCCACCUAAUUACGGAAUAAACCAACAACCAGAUCCUGCAUUUAGUAGGGUUUCAAGCCCUCCCAACCCAAUGAUGUCAUCAAGAAUUGGACCCUCUCAAAAUCCCAUGAUGCAGCACCCUCAAACAGCACCAAUGUACCAAUCCCCUGAAAUGAAGGGCUGGCCAUCAGGAACCAUGGCCAGGAGCAGUUCUUUUUCACAGCAGCAGUUUAGCCAUCAGGGGACCCCUGCAACUUACAAUAUGAUGCACAUGAAUGGUACCGGUGGCCAUAUUGGACAAAUGAACCUUAAUACCAUGCCUAUGUCAGGGAUGCCUAUGGGUCCAGACCAGAAAUACUGUUGACAUCUAAAACCACAAUCUCCGAAUGAGAAUGCGCGACAUUAACAAUGCACUAGUAUUAUAAAGAAAAGCAACGUAUUCCUCAUGGCAACUAGUACUGGCCUUAUGGAAAUAACUGAUUUUUUUUUCAGCUGAUCACCAAGAUGUCCGAAGUGACUUCACGCAAAAACCUUUUUUUAGUAGUAGCAGAGUCUCUGUAUUACUGUAUAUGGUGGUGUAUAAAACAAUGGUCAUAAAUAAAUAUUUUUGGCACUCUGCCUCUAGAAAUGUGAAUUUGGAAAUGGCAUUUUAGUAAAUAUGAUGGGGUAGACUCCUUAUAUACCACUUCUAUUUACUGUAGCUAUCCAAAGCCCUUUAACUACAGGCAGACCAAAGUGCCUGGAGAAGGUCAUGGUGCAUAAGAAUUCUGAUUUCUCUAGUAAGAAUAUCUGACAGAGAAUGUAGUUCCUAGCCUUGACUCUUGUAUUAAUUCCUGAAUAUAAAUGCUGCUUUUAACCUCUUACCCCCAGGAGUCAGGAUUUCCCCAAGCAAAGUGGCAAUACAAAAUGAAUUGGCCCAUACUGUUCCAAAAUCUUUCCUGUUGAUGACAAGGGGUUACAGAAAAUAAAUUAAAAUUAUUUAAACACAAUUGCGACUAAUAUUUACAUAUUGAUGUGCAGUUGAGUGCACUUUAUAAAAGGCUAUGUAAUGGAUUAAUGCAAUAUCUUUGAUAAGGAUUUAAUAAAUACGAGGUUAGGGUGUACUCUUGUUCUUAAACACAAUCUUUUAAGAAUUGUUAAUUGAAAAGACUGCAAAAUUAAUGUUUUCUGUUUAUGGAAAUUAGAGCAAUAAUCUUUCAUCUUUUUAAAAAUGAACUUCAGAAAACUCAAGGCAAGGCACUGCAGUCUAAAUCAGAAUUUUGCAGUCUUUUUUGUGAAUAAAUUUUGUAAAUAUGAUCUUUAAGAUAUUGUAUUAUAUGUAUGACUUUUGUAGGUCACUAACUCAUUUUUGCAGAGUUUGUGAAGCUAAAUAUUUAACAAAGUUGAUUUCUGUAAACUCAGCUUAGUUGAGGUCCAAAUAGAAGACCUUUUAACUUUUUUUUAAUUUAAUGACCUGGAGUGGGUAACUAGCUCAAAUAUUUUCCUCCUUUGGUCCUUGAUGCUUCAUUUAUUUUACAUCCUUAACAUAUAGCUUUUUAAAAAGAUCCUUUGCUUAGGGUUAAGCAGUUGGUUAAUGCUUUCUUCACUUUUAAGUGAGCACUUUGUUACAUUUCUUUUUUUAUAUAGGGCGAUUGGACAAAACUCUCUGGAUUUUAAAUUGUCAUGACUUGUCGCAACAGUUUGUGUGUGCGCAUGUGUGUGUGCAUACAUGUGUGUAAUGUUGCCUUUUUAGUUAAUAAAUCUGUACUGUAGGAUGUUUUGUUAAUUGGAACCCUAAAUGUUCUUCUAAAGAAAUUGGUCUGUUGUGAAGAAUGUUGUUAUUAUUUUUCCACCAUCACAUUUUAUGGCAAAAAUAUGUUUUAGUUGUUACAUGACAUCCAGAAAACCUUUGAGAAAGAUAUUAAGCCACAUUUUUAAAUAAUGUCUGCACCUCAUUGAUUCUUUUUCUAUUAGUAACGAAUGUAUUUUAUAAACAAAUAUCAGUAUUCACAAGUGUUUGGUUACAAAUCUCUUCAUCUGAUUUGUUGACAGGUUUUUUGUUGUGGUUUGUUUUUUUUUUUUGAUUCUAUAAAAGCAAAGGUCCUACUGCAGUUUUUCCAGUUUAAACAGAUACAACAAUGAUUCAACCUGGUAACUUCCUUAAGGAGGUGAACCAGAAAUUAAGACAUGGUGCUUUAUGUUCUACUGUUCACUGUGUAAAGGAAAAAACCCGAACUUCUCCUGAGUGAAUGAAAAUCAGUGUUUUUGAUUAUUUCUUCUUGGUACUGUAAGGUGAAGUCAUGUUUUGUUUUACAGAAACUUGAAUGAACUUCCAUGAUCUUCCAUUUUAAUGGAAAUAAUUUUCAGUGCAAAAAUUCAGCUAACUUUCAUCCCGAAGAUGUAGCUACAGUCCUGUAGCUUCCACAGGUCGUGUAGAACAUAAGAAUCUACUCCUUAUGGAAUCCAGUCUCUGCAACUGGCACUGAGAAUAUACAUUUGGAGAAAAUUUAAGUUGUUUCAAGCCCUUAGUCUGGGUCACCUGUGUUGUAACGCAUGAUAUUUAAAGGCCUUAGGAAUUGUUCCCUCCGUGCCAUCCUUCCCUCCAUCCUCUUUUUUAUUUGUUUUUUGCUUACUGGUGGAGUCAGUGCAACCCACUGGAGUUGAAAGGCAAUUAUUCUUUUGCUUUUUUAAUUAAGUCAGAAUAGAACAAUUUUUACAUUUUGUCAUUGUUCAUUAUAUUGAUGGAAACUGCAAACCCUGAGUGCUUUGACUAGGUAAGAUCUUUAAGAUAUGUGAUACUGUAUACAUUGUGCCCCUUUUAACUUUUUUUUGAGUGAUUCUAUUUAUACUUCUAAAACGUGGUACCUGACGGAUGUUGCAAAGGAUCCUCGUUUCCUCAUCCACUUUUAGAAUGUUGAAUUUUUCCAAUAUCUACUUUUUGCUGAAUCCAAAGAUUUUGUUUUAGUUCAAACUUGAUAAAAAUAAAGCCUUUUUAAACUUUUUGAAUUAGCAUUAUUGAGACCUUUCAUAGCAACACUGAUUCUAAAUAAGACAUCUAGAUUGAAAAGUGUAUUUACAGCCAUAAACAAAAUGAUCCAUACAAUAUGUUUGAGUUUGGUGUCUCCAGCUGUUUUCUUCUACAGCAUAGUUUUCUGAACGUUUAAAGAAAAGCUGUAUAACUUAUUUUCAACAAUAAGAGACCAGUUUGAUACUACAACCAUCUCCUGCUCACGCUGCAUAGCAUAAAGUCUUGCUACAUGCCUAUCAGUUUUUUCCUUUUGAUUAUAUCAACGAUGUUUUAUAAAAUUCAUAAACUUAAUUGCUUUUAUCCAGUCUUAGUCUAAUUUUGUGGUUUUUAAAAUAAAAAAAAAUCAAGAGCAUUUGUUCAGUUAUAAGAAAAAACUAUUUGAAUGUUUUACCAAUUAGCGCGCACAUUUUUAUUUUGGAUUUAAAUGCAGAUUGUCAGAAUGAUACAGCAUUUAUGAAAUCAUGUAAUUCUGAGAGCAAUAUUUUUUUUUUAAAAAUUCUCAGGCAAAGGCAUACAGUAUUGAGAAUUGCAUUUAAAUUUAGUUUACAUUAAGUAUUGCUAGAAAUUAUCUGCAUCUCUACAUUGCAAAAAACAGGUGGGCUGAUUUUAUAAAAGGGUUGGUUGUAAGGUAUUACUGCUCUUCUGAUAUUUGUGUUUCAAUGUUAAUAAUAAUGUAAAUAAAGGUUUCUAUUUAAAA